CGUACACUCUGUUCCCAGUUGAAGGAAAAUAGAGGUCGCAAUUAAUGGCCGACUGCGCUUGCUUCAAACUGUCAGAUUUUAAUAUUUAGAUCUAAUCAGGACAAAAUCUGUGAAAAUAAUGUUUAACACUUGAACCUGAGAUUACGUUAUGAGAAGAGAGGCGUGCUCUUGUUUACAGGAUGGUUGACCGACAGUCCAAGGAGCUUUAUCAGCAGCAGUUAGCAGCUCAUGCAGCAUGGAUACGCCGCGGAGCUCCUGGUUACGCGGCAGCUGCUGCUGCACAGCAUCCAGGAUUUGCUGCUCCCGCACACGGAAGCUCCGCCAACGCUGCUUACGAGAACUACGUCCUCCAAAAUAUGUUCGGAGGAGCGUCAAACAUUCUUGGAAGCGGAGGUAAGGAAAUGUCAGGGUUUGCAUCCCCCUUCCGGCUUCCGGGACAGUUUGCUAACUUUAACUACCAGCGCCCUCUUCCAGCACAUUCGCCGCUUACUGCUCAUAUGAAGAAUUCCACCCCAACAUCAAAUCCUAUCGCUGCUCAUAUGAUGUCCAACCCGUACCAGUAUCCAGGCAAUUAUGGACUCAAUUCCUACGGAGCUGGAGCAAUGAACCCCAACUAUCUCCAAUCCAACAUGGCUGCCAACCAGUCCCAGGAAACAGCUAACUACAUGAACCAAUCAGCUGAAAGAUUUCGUCAACAGUUUGAACAGCAGAGUCAGUAUGAGAAGGAAUCUUCGCUCCGACAAGAGAACUCCCGACGGCAAGCUGGUAUGCUGAACGGUGGUAUUACUGGGAACCAGGAAGCUACCAACGCCUUUAACCUUCAGCAGCUUCAAGCUGCUUACAGCCAGGCAGCUCUAUCCUCCUCUAGUGCUAUGACGAAGGAGAAUAGUAAAUCUAAAACACCAGCAAACAAUUAUUCUGCUUACUAUCCUACUCCGCAGAGUUCUUCAUCACAUGCAGCUGCUGCAUUUAGUGGGAUGAGUUCUACUACAGACCUAAAUGACCAGGUUGCCAAAGAGUUACUGAGCAGGUUCGGAGACAGGUUGACCCCACAGCUAUUACAGGCUAUUCAACAGACAGCAAGCUUAAACCAGAGCUUCCAGCAGAGCCCUCUCUCCAUCCCUAGACAGGACCCGGAGGAGGGGGAGAAAGGACGGCAGGGUGGGAAAGGAGAGUCUACUAAAAUUAAUACAGCAGCUCAGGAUCUCAGGCAACAGGAGAGGAACUCUUCAACGGAGUACACUUCAAGGCAAGGUGUGGGUAAAGAGUCAAGGUCGGAGCAACAUACUAGUAAAACAUCAGAUCUAAGAACAGCUGCUUCUGGUGUUGAAGCUCUGCUGAGUGCUAGUGGACAGCAAAUACGGUCUGGAGGAGAGGAUCAACAAAGAUCUAGACAGGACUACUCCAGUCCUUACAAUACGAUCAACUUUAACUCUAAAAGUGAUGAGAGUCAGAAACUUUUAGCUGAUUACACUGCCCAGUAUCAGAGAUCCCAAAAGUAUAGUGAUCCACGGAGUAUGGUUAAUAAUGUUUUAUCAUCACAUCUGCAACAACAACAGCAACUUCAACCUCAGCUUCAACCUCAGCCAAAAGAACAACAGAAACAGAACACGAGAACAAGAAACUACUCAAGUUCCAGUGAGAUGAAAACUCCAGCUGUUUCUCCUAUCCCGGUUCAGUCUCCUCUACCUUCACAACAAAAAUCCCCAGUAGUUCCCCCCAAGCAGAACUCGCAACCUGUUUCUGAGCAGAAUUCUCCAGCAGCUCUGCAACAAAGUUCUCCUGCUCCUCUCCAGCAGAAUUCUCCCGCAAACUCUCAGGUUUCACCUGCAAAUCAGUUUUCUCCGAACCAGGUUCCCUCUGCAAGUCCCAAAAUGUCUCCAUAUUCUCAGCAAAGCUCUAUAGCCUCACCUUACUCCCAACCCAGUCCUAAGCUAUCUCCAUACUCUCAGGUAUCUCCGGCCUACUUACCUUCAACACAAUCCAACACACAACCAAGCCCUUCAUACCAAACACAAUCCAUUAAAUCUUCUUAUCCUUCUCAUAGUAGUCCCGCCUACCCGCCUCAAUCCAGCCCCGCCUACCCGCCACAAACCAGUCCAGCCUAUCCGCCUCAAACGAGUCCCGCCUAUCCACCACAUAAUAGUCCAGCAUACCCAAUACAGAGUAGUCCCGCCUAUCCUCCUCAAAACAGUCCUGCCUAUCUGCCUCAAAAUAGUCCCGCCUAUCCUCCUCAGAGUAGUCCGGCCUACCCUCCCCAAAAUAGUCCCGCCUACCCGCCUCAAAAUAGUCCCGCCUACCCACCUCAAAAUAGUCCUGCAUAUCUCUCCCAAAAUAGUCCCAUCUAUCCUCCUCAGAAAAGUCCUGCCUAUCCACCCCAAGGCAGUCCUGCUUAUCAACAACAGAAUAGUCCCGCCUACCUACCUCAGAAUAGUCCUGCCUAUCCACCUCAGAACAGUCCCGCCUACCCGCCUCAAAGCAGUCCCGCCUACCCAACUCAAAACAGUCCUGCCUACCCACCCCAAAACAGUCCCGCCUAUCCACCCCAAAACAGUCCCGCCUACCCUGCACCUGGUAGUCCCAGUUAUCCUACCCAGAGUCCCUCCUAUAUCGGUAACUCACAGACAAUGAAUACUAAUUUCUCUCAAAGUAAACCUUCAUCUGUGUCUGGUUCCUCCCAGCCAACCCCUGAUUCCUUCUCCGUGCCUUCAUUCCAGCAGAACAAGGAGACUAGAACAAACUCUUCUCUCAGUGAUAGUUCUUCUAAACCUUCGGAAAAAUUCCUAGCAUCAACCCAGUCUAGCUUGAGGAGUAAUACAGAUUCUCCGAGACUAGAUACUCCUCCAGGAUUAACGCUACCUGUGAGCUCUGAUGAUGCUUCCGGUCCACAUACGCUUCCAAUAUUAAACACGCCUGUAAACCCUAGAACAGAAUCAUCUGCUCCGGUCAAGAACUCCAGUAAACCGUCGUCUUCUUCUUCCAUAUAUCCAGGUCCUGGGCAGAACCCUAUCUCGGGAAUGGCGUCAAUGACGAAUAAAAUAAAAAUGCUUGAGAGCAAAAUGCAAAUCUCAAAAUCUAAAUCCAACACGGAUAAAAGUAUUGAGGACAAUUCUUUGAAAAACUGGUGGAAACCGCAGAUUGAAAAGAAAGUUAAAUCAAGUAUUCCCAGCUCCCCUUCAAUUCCUCCUCUUCCAUCUCCUCCAACUCCGCCUAAAAGUUCAAAAUCCUUGUCAGUUCCUGACAUUGAUGAUAAAAAAUCAGGUUCCAAGACUAAGGAUAUGGUAUCUGCUCCACUGGAACACUUGAUAUCUCAAACCUCUUCUCUAUCCCCUGGUUAUACAGGUGGGAAAACUAAUACAGAGGAAGUAUCCUUGAAUGGCCGGAGUAAACUCAAACCUGAGAACAGACAAUCCAUCAGUGUACCAAGUGUUUCAAGCACGUCGGUGAGAAAGGAGAGUAAUCAUACUGAGAAACCUAAACCUGUCUCCCAGGUUAACCAAUCCUCCCAUCCUAACCAACCAUCUAAGAAGCAGCUACACUCCAGUUCAUCUAGUUCAAAAUCUGUCCCAGAACCAGCUCCAGUGCCUUCAGACGUAAGAUCCAGUAGAUCUGGUUCAGAAUCCUAUGCUACUCCGAACCUGGAGAGAAUGGAGAUAAAGAACAGUGGGAUCCCGGGACCCAGUGCGGUCACAUGGAAAAGAAAAUCUACUGAAGAUUCUCCGAUAACGUUUCAUCAAUCCAAGAAACGAAAACUUAACAAGCCCUCUACGGGCAAUGACAUUUAUCAGUUUGACGAGGAAGAGAAAGAUGUGAAAAUGAAAAAUUCUAAAGAUGACCAGGGAUGCAAAGGUCCUGUGUACAAGUAUAAAAGUGCGCUUAUUAAUCGGGAUUAUGAUAGUGACUCUAACCAAUCCCGGCCUGAGAAAAAGUUAGACGAUGAAAUGAAGGAUAUUGAGAAAGAUGACAAUUCUUCCAACAGUUCACAAGAACACUCGUCUGUUUCGAAGAAGAAGAAACGACCUAAACAUGAGGAAUGGUCUGUCGUGAAAGAAAGACCAUCUAAAUCUUCCAAAAAUGAUAUUUAUGAAUUUGAUAUGAAAGAAAAUUAUUCUAAGAAAGAACCAAGAGAAGUUCCUUUAACAGUUGAUGAAAGUUCUGACAGAUUUGAGAAGUCUAUUGAGGUAUCCGUCCCGACCUCUGCUCCAACCACACAGGAAGCACCGAAGAAGGAAGCCAAGGUUGCGGUGGAUAAAUGGUACCAAGCUUUCGGAGCAGGAGAUAAGGGUAAAAAGAAACCUGAAAAGAACUUGUUGCUUAAGGACAAUGUAAAAGAGGAGCCAGAGGAGAAAACGUUUCAAUCCAUUCUGGAUAUCCCUCCCGAGAUUAGGAGAAAACCACGGCCAAAUUUUGGAGGUAUUAUUCAUUUCUCUCCGGACUGGAGCAGGUCGGUCCGACGCCUUCAUGAACGAUGUAAAGUACCUGCAGACCUAGACUCCAGCUCCAGGCUUAAACCAAAAAUAUUAGUUGGACAAACUACACCUAAGAAGAGUUAUGAAGACUUUGCUAGAAAGGAUAUGGUUUCACCCCCAGACAUCCUUAUGAUGGAACGGGUAAGGAUGGAGAAGAAAACUUUUACAGAUAUAUUAUCUCCGGAAACUCCCGAGGAGCUAGGAGGAGAACUUCCAUCUAUCGUGGAAACUAUUAUUGAAAACCGGAAGAAGCUACGACAAGCUGCAACUAUGGGACGGAUGUAUCAAAUCCCGUUCAAGAAAGAGAAGAAGCGUUUAUUGCGAAUGCGAAUGACAAAAAUGGAAGAGGUUUCAGUAACAGAAAAUAAUAUGGGAUUAAUCCCGACCCCCGGUCUACCGAUGCUUACUCCAGACUUAAUACAAAGCAAUCCUAGUUUUGGUAGUUUCCGUCACUACACCCUGAACAAGUACCUAGAUUUCGGAGAAUCUGGUAAACCUAAACCUGAUAUCUGGACUGCUGAGAUUCUAGAUUCUAAAACCAGAAGUAAACUUAACUCUUCCGCCCUCUCCCCUUCUAUUAAAGAAGUAUUUGGCGUUGACACUCCCUUGAAGAAGAUUAAAAGUAAAGCAAAGGAGAAACCCGAACCUAAACCUGAUGAUAAUCUUACGCUUGACGAACCUUUACCUGAACCUGACAAAGUGAUGAAUUCUCCUCAAAAAGUAAAGAAAGGUAAAGUAAAGAAGGAUAUCCCGGAGAAAACGAAAUUGCAUUCUUUAGAAAAACAAAUUCAUAAGGAAAGAAUACCAGAUAUAUCCAGUCUGAAGGAAAAAGUAAAGAUUUUUGAGAAACCAGUUCUGAAGGAGAAGAUUCUCGACAAAACGGUUUCUAAUGAGAAGUUUGUGCCAGUAGAGAAGGAGGUGGAUGAUACCUUCGCCUUUUCUCAAGAGAUCGGAGAACCUACUGAGGAGGAGACUAUUCUUCAGACUGAGUUGGGUGGAUUUGCUCUUGAUCUCCUGGAUGAUAAUCCAUCCUGGAUUAAACAAGUAACAAUCCAGAACCUUGUCGUCUGGGAACCUAUUGAACCUGUUUCCACAAAGAAGAAAAAACCGAAAAGAAAACGCGGGAAAAAGUCUGGUUGGGAUUUUCCAGCUGGAAAACGAAAAUCCAAAACUUCUCGCGAUGUUUCUCGUGCCGGUUCUCCAUUACAGGAGGAGAUACAUGAUAUAGAAUACACAUUAGAAAAGGUUGUCCAGGAGAGUAACCGGUGGGUAGUUGAUAAGAACGCAGGAGAAACUAUUCUACAGCGUGCUGCUAAGAUGGGAUAUCCUGAUGUUGUUGCCUAUACAGUUGCAAUGCAGGAUGCGUCUGUUAAAGAGAAGGAUUACGCUGGGUUCAUGCCUUUGGAUAAAGCGUCUUUCAGAGGACAUCAUGACGUUGUUAAAGUUCUUCUCAAGUAUGGUGCAGAUCCUUCUCAUGGAGUAAAGGGAACCCGAGCCCUUCAUGAUGCUGUUGAAGGGAUGAGUAGAGAAACUGUUCAUGCUCUGCUCAGCUACGGUGCUGAUCCUCUACUACACAACUACAGUGGAAGUAUGCCUAUAGAUCUAGCAGAGGGUAAUAUCAACAUGAAGAAGUACCUUACAAACAUACUCGCCGAUCUGCAUGGAAAACCGCCGAAUGUUCGUGGAUCCCUGCCGCCGGUAGAACGAUGGAAUGUAUCAGGGUUCCCUGAGUUUCAUGAUCCCAUGUUGGAUCCUAGGUUCGCAGAAACUGUUGAGGAGGAGAAGGAAGAACCGGAGGAUAUUGAUAGUUUUAUGUUUGAGGCGUCCUCACACCCUCUCCCUACAGAGUUCCAGUUGAUGGACCGUGAGGGAGAUUUUGUCCUGUAUCGUGAACUCAAAGAGUUUGCACGAAGGUUCGGACACCAUAAAGGUGAUAUCAAGACAAAGUGCUAUAUUAUAGAACUAAAGAAAUCUGAAUUCUUGAAAACUAGUCACUGCAAGGUUUUAGACAGGCGGAGACUUGAAGUUAGAUAUCAUGAGAGGGAGGAGGAGGAUACGAUAAUCCUUGUCAAGGUUGAUAAGUUUGUGCGGAAGAUAUUUGAUUCCGAACGGAGUUCUAUACCAAGAUAAAUUUUACACUUCGUAAUCUCAGAAAAUAGUUUAUAUACACUUGAUGAUGAUAAUUUGUUAUUUAUUUUAAGCAUACACAAAAUCAAUUAUUGAAAUAUCAUGUUUUAUGGAACCUGUUACUCAGUAAAAUUAGGAGUACAAAAUAUAAAUAUGAAUAAACAA